CACCCCACUCCCCUCGUUAAAAUUGCCCAAAAAAAAUUAAUUUAAUUUAAUUCCACCCAUUUAUUUUCUCGAAAAAUUCUCCGGUCGCGCGGUGCGGUGGUGGCCGCGGUGGACACAGCCAGCAUGUUCACCUAGUGUUCUGCAUUAGUCAAAAGAAAACAAGGUGUUAGGAGAAGAGACACUGCACUAAACUCUCUUUGUUGUGUCCAAGACAUUGGAACAAACUUAUUCAUUACACAAACACUUAUCCUUACUUGAUAUUUUAUACAUUUAUAUCGGUUCUAGUAUUCUCUCCGUUCCAAAACAAUAGUCGUUUUGAUUUUUUACACGUAACCUAAAGUCGUAGUUCAUUGAAUUUGUCCAAGUGACUCAGGGUGCACUUUCCAAUCUGAUAUUGUGUUAGCAGCUUGGUUUUGAGUAUCGAAAACUCGAAAUGAGCAGAAGCUUUGCCUCUUGUCUACUCUAGUGGAUCUCAAUAAGUCUCUCUCAGUUGCAAAUGCUUUCAACUUUCUCAUUACAAUAUAAUACAACAAGGUGAAGAGGAAUUCUUCUGCAAAAUGCCUUUUAGAUGUUUACUGGGCAAAUGUCAAGGGGGUUCAGAGAGAUCGUCGAAUAGGCCAGCUGACCGGAAGUGUGGGACUAAUCGUGGGCGGUCUUAUGUAGCCCCUGAAAGGUUUCCAUGUCCCUCAACAACGGUUCAGCAAAGCAGGUGGGCUAAUUUACCUCCUGAGUUGCUUCUUGACAUAAUACGCAAAAUAGAGGUCCGUGAGAAGUGGCCUGCACGGAGAGAUGUGGUUUGUUGUGCUGCAGUUUGCAAGUCAUGGAGAGAUACAACUAAAGAGAUUGUUAGGACACCGGAACAAUGUGGCUUGCUCACAUUCCCCAUGUCGUUGAAGCAGCCUGGACCAAGGGAUUCACCACUUCAAUGCUAUAUAAAGAGGGAAAGGGGAACAUCAACAUAUCGGUUAUUUCUUGGGCUUAGUCCAGCUCUGGCAGGGGAAGCUAGUAAAUUGUUGCUGACAGCAAAGAAGAUCAGAAAGGCCACAAAAACCGAAUUUGUAAUAUCCUUGCUUGCUAAUGACUUUUCUCAAGCCAGUGAUGCUUAUGUUGGGAAGUUGAGAUCUAAUUUUCUUGGAACCAAAUUCGUGGUGUACAAUAGUCCGCCCCCAUGUGAAACUCCAGCAGAACCUGAUCUCCAUUCAUGUCAGAAAGUAUGUAAAAAGAAGGUUUCUCCAAGUGUAGCAGUUGGUAAUCAUAAACCAGCAACCAUAAAAUACGAGCUUAAUGUUCUGCGCACAAGAGGGCCAAGAAGAAUGCAAUGUACUAUGCAUGCCAUACCGUUUGCUUCAAUCCAGGAAGGCGGGACUGCUCCUACUCCAUCGACGUUUGGGCAUAGCACUGAUGAAAAAUAUUGUCCCUGUACAGACCUCUCAGAAAUAUCAGAACUGGCUCAUGGUACAAGAGCUCCAUUAAUUUUGAAAAAUAAAUCUCCUAGAUGGCACGAGCAAUUACAGUGUUGGUGUCUGAAUUUCAAAGGUCGUGUCACUGUUGCAUCAGUCAAGAACUUCCAGCUCGUGGCAGCUGUCGAUAUAUCACAAGACAUUCCAUCCGCAGAACAAGAGAAAGUGAUACUGCAAUUUGGAAAGAUUGGGAAGGACAUUUUCACUAUGGAUUAUCGCUACCCUCUGUCUGCCUUCCAAGCCUUUGCUAUAUGCUUAAGCAGUUUUGACACUAAACCCGCCUGCGAAUAACAAUGUUUAUAGGACUUGAUUGUAGAUACGAUCCUACGAAGCUCUGCAGAACCAUGUGAUGUUAUUUCUGGAGAUAAUAUCUAACCAGAAGUAUCUGAUCAUAGAAUCGGAAUUGUUUGUAAUGUCAGUUGCAUUUCUUUAUGAUUUCUUGUUAGUUGUUCUGUGUACUAUAUGUAAUCAUCAAACUUGAAUAAACUUUACAUUACAUGA